GCCGGCCGGGAGGGAGGGAGGCGGUGGGCGCGCGCUCUGGGCCCGGCAGGCGAGCGUCUCGCGGCCGGUCUGGAGUCGCGUGCCAGGCUUGAGCCAUGGUGCAGCUGCAACAGCAGCAGCAAGAGCAAGAGCAGCAGCCUGGGCGAUCGCGGAGGAAGAGGCGGUUGCCCGGGCUGUGAGCAUCGGGGGGUACCUCCACCAUCCGGGAUGGAGAGUCUGCCCCGGGCUCUGGGUUGCCUCCUCCUCUUGCUGCUGCUCCCGCCACCGCCGGCAUUGUCAGCCCUUGGGGAUCGCCCCUUGCAAGUGCUGCACGGAUGCCUGUUUGAUAGAAGACUUUGCUCCCAAGAAGAAGUCUGUGUGCAAGAUGGAUUAUUUGGUCAAUGCCAGGAAAGUUCGCAGCAAGACCGGCCUUACUUCCAGGUCUCCGCAGCUGUGCUCCAACGUCUGCAGGAUGUCCUCCAACAUCUUAUGGCACAAGGAUUGUCGUGGCAAGAUGGCCUUACCCAGUACGUGAUCUCCCGGGAAAUGGAGCGCAUACCUAAGCUUCACCUCUCAACCACAUGGGAGUCGGUGGCUGAGAACAGGCUUCCAUCCACGUAUCCAGCUCCCAGAAGAACGUCUUUGCCAUCUGAGCCUGCUUCCCUCCAGACAGCUCACCAGCCCCCUCUCCCCCCUGCCCUCCUGCAGCGAUACUUGGAACUGUUGCUGGCCUCACAGCCUGAGCUGGGUUACAAGGACACAUUCCUCUCUUCCUACCCUCAUCACCAGUUCAGCUACACAGAUGGUAUGUUCCAGGACCGUCCCAGCAUUCACAACUCAGAGUCUCCCCUCCUUCUGGAUCGAGCUGCUGCUUCCAAGGCUCUCUUUGGGGCCAGCACUGCCCCUUCGUACAGGGGGCAGCAGGGACUGGAUGGAGGUCAGCUGUUCCAAGACUUGGGAGCGCUGUACUUGACCCAGGAGCAGGCUGGAAAAUCCAGGCCCAGGGGCCAGCACAGGCAAAGUUCCAGAAACAGCGGGGUCCUUCGGGACUAUGGUGAAAACUCUGAAGCUGGAGGAGAGUCCCAGGCACACCUGGAAGAUCCAGACAAAGCUGUACAGAGGUUGAUGGCAGUGCUUGCUAGCUAUGGGAUCAAACCACAGGACAUGCUCCGAUUCCUACAGUAUCCAGCUGCUGGGCUUGGACCAGAGGCCCUGGAGUCUAAGCGGGCGACAGAAGCUGAAAUGCAACAUGGGGAGAAGUUGGAGUUGCCACCUUUGCAGGGGACCCACAUUAGUGCUUUUCCCACAGAGGGACAACUUCUGGCCCAGAGGGAGACACUUGGUCCAACUGAGGUCAGAACAGCAGUGACAACAGCUUCCCCAGGAAACUCUGACCCACUGCAUCCUGCCAAGGACGACACAAGCAGCCCUGUGGAGCAGGUUGUGGUGAAGAAAAGCCACACUGCAUAUGGGGGACCUAGCAGGGAGGACCAGCGGACAGACAUGGCAUUGGCUUCAGAGGAAUACGGCUACAUCGUCACCGACCAGAAACCAUUGGGACUUGCUGCUGGUAUCAGGCUCCUGGAGAUCCUAGCAGAACAUGUACAUUUGUCUACUGCCAGCUUCAUCAACAUCAGUGUUGUGGGCCCGGCCCUCACUUUCCGCAUCCGUCAAAACCACCAAAACCUGUCUCUGGGUGAUGUGGCCAACAGGGCUGCACUGGUGAAGCCACAGCUGGAAACAGAGGUGGGAGUGAAGAUCGUGCAGAUGGGCGUUGGACAGCGCAAUGAGGCGGCAACCUACCCACACCCAACACACUUUGGGGACACCUUUCGCUCUGUGCUGCUGACCUUUGUGUUACUGGCCUGUGUCGCUGGUGUUGUUAUUGCUGCUGUGGUGGUCUUCUGCCUGCGCCAACACGCCAAGCAACGAGAGAAAGAGCGGAUGGCAGGACUGGGCCCUGAGGGAGCUGCUGACAGUACCUUUGAGUACCAGGAGCUCUGCCGGCAACAUAUGGCUGCCAAGUCACUCUUUGGUCGGGCAGAAGCCCCGCCGCCCACUGCCCCAGCCGAGAACUCUCGUGUCAGCAGCGUCUCCUCCCAGUUCAGCGAUGCACCGCAGGCCAGUCCAAGCUCCCACAGCAGCACACCGUCCUGGUGUGAGGAGCCCGUCCAAUCCAACAUGGAUAUCUCCACUGGUCACAUGAUCCUGGCAUACAUGGAAGACCACCUACGCAACCGCGAUCGGCUAGCCAAGGAGUGGCAAGCAUUGUGCGCAUACCAGGCUGAGCCGAGUUCCUGUGAUGCUGCCCAGUGUGAAGCCAAUAUCAAGAAAAACCGCAACCCCGAUUAUGUGCCCUAUGACCAUGCCCGCAUCAAACUGAAAGCAGAGAGCAACCCAUCCCGGAGUGACUUCAUUAAUGCCAGUCCUAUUAUUGACCAUGAUCCACGGAUGCCAGCAUACCUUGCCACUCAGGGGCCCUUGUCCCACACCAUUGCUGAUUUCUGGCAGAUGGUGUGGGAAAAUGGCUGCACAGUCAUUGUAAUGCUGAGUCCCCUGGUAGAGGACGGCGUUAAACAGUGCGACCGUUAUUGGCCAGAUGAAGGAUCUUCACUCUACCACAUCUAUGAGGUGAACCUGGUCUCAGAACACAUCUGGUGUGAGGAUUUCCUGGUUCGCAGCUUCUACCUGAAGAAUGUGCAGUCUCAGGAGACCCGGACUCUGACACAGUUCCACUUCCUGAGCUGGCCAGCCGAAGGCAUCCCCACCACCACACGGCCCCUUCUAGACUUCCGCAGAAAAGUGAACAAGUGCUACCGAGGUCGUUCAUGCCCAAUCGUGGUGCACUGCAGUGAUGGUGCAGGAAGGACUGGGACAUACAUCCUUAUUGACAUGGUUCUGAACCGAAUGGCCAAAGGCGUGAAGGAAAUAGAUAUUGCAGCCACACUGGAGCAUGUGCGUGAUCAGCGGCCUGGCAUGGUGCAAACUAAGGACCAGUUUGAGUUUGCGCUGACAGCCGUUGCGGAGGAGGUGAAUGCCAUCCUGAAGGCGCUGCCACAAUGAUGCCCUACCCAGCGUACUCUAGCUUGGUGACGCCCCAACCUGACCCCUUGCCUCUGCUGUGCCAUGUCCUUGCCCCCAGGGUGUUUUCCCUCCAUUAAAGUCUAUCUCCACAUUGUCAACUGUGGCUGCAUCUAUUACCUGUGGAGAUGCUGGCCCCUUGCUUUCUCACCCAGCUGGGUCCUGUCAAUCUGAUGUUCUCCUCCCGCCCCUACCCACAUCUCUCUUGGCUUUGGUUGAUGCAAAGUGAGGUCCUACUUUGCAACCCAACAGAUUAGUCAGCUGUCUUGUAAACUUACACUUGAUCCCCUGUAAACAAGCACAGGGGCUGAAAUUCCAGACACAACUUCCUACCUUUUAAGCCCAUUGUCUCAAGUAGGGAAAUGUGUCCCUCCAGAUCUUAGGUGGUGACUCCCGUUAUCUCAUCCCAACGGCUAUGCUACUUGGAAUUGAUUGGAGAUGCAAUCCAACUGCAGGAAGGCCUCUUGUUCACCACCCUUAUACUCAAUCAUACUUUGUGCCCAUGCCAUUUCUGUACUUGCCUGUUUCCACAGUAAGAGGAGUGUGGAUUUGCAUAGCUGUGGUCCCAUAUCCUAUCCCCACUAUAUGGAAGUGGCAGUAUAAGUUUCUAGGCAGCAAGCAGGGAGCCCAUCGUAUUCAGCCACAGGGUUAUACUUCACCCUCUGCUCCACCCUUCGCUGAGGCUACUUUCUGGUCAGCCUGCAAGGCUCUCUGGAGCUGAGCCACAGCAAGGGGCAGGAUCGUCUGGCUUCUCCGCCACCAACGACUCUCUUCUGUUCCCCUUUCAUUCCCUGAAGCCCAGGAGUCAGGUCUCCCCACAGCCACUCUUCUCCUUCCCCAAAGGGUGGUAAGGGACACCACAGCUCUCCCUCCCCAUGUUUGUCUCCCUUCUCUCUCCCCACCCCCAUGUUAACUGCAGUGAGAAGACAUUUCUAGAGAAUCUAAUUUUGUAUUUGAUGUGAAUAAAGUUUGUGUUGUGUUUGUGCAGCUGCA